AUGUUAGAAGAAAUUCGGAUUUAUGUAACGGAAAGGUUUUGUAUCUACAAGAGCAAGGGUCAAUCUUGGGAUGUAAACAUAUGUCAUUGUAUAAGGUUGAAGUUGAACAAGCUGAAGGAACAACAAAGGGCAUGGCAGUUAGCAGGGUAUCCUUGUAUUCAUGGAUAUGUUGCCAUUUCAAGCCUCAAUAGAGACCCUGGGGACUAUGUGUUAGAAUGGUUUACUACAUCAACGUAUGCAAGUAAAGUUGAUGUUCAAGUAGACCUUGAAGCUGAAUUGGAAGUGGAAUGUGUAGUUAUGUUUGAAAGUGAAAGUGAUAAUGACUUUGAAAAUGAAAGUGAUGUGGAAGCUAACAUUAAAGUGGAAGCUGCAUGUGAUGUGGUACCUGAAAUGGAGGCUAACAUUAAAGUUCCUGAAGUUAAUGUGGAGGCUAACAUUGAAGUUCCCGAAGUUGAUGUGGAAGCUAACAUUGAAGUACCUGAAGUGGAGGCUAGCAUUGAAGUUCCUUUUGUUUAA